AGGAAAGUGGAAACAUUUUCUUUAGUGGAAAUUCGAAUUCAUUUUUCUUUCAGAUUGUGUCUAUAGUGAAAUCAAUUGAGUGAUUCUCGUGCUUUGAUUGUGCAAUAAAGAUAACUCUUUGAAGUAGUAGCAGAACCAGUUACAUAAGAGUAUGGGAGCAGCAGAGGCUCUAACUGAUCCAUCAAGCCCAUAUGAUCUCGGCAACAACACUGAUUUGUCUGACACGGAGUCGUUUCAUACCGUGAGAAACGCCCUUUUAUCUGUCCAGAAUGGGGAAUCAGACCUUUACGAUCAGCUUGUUCAAUCUACGCAGAUCAGCAAAGGAUCUGAUCAUGCUGUGUGGGCAGACCUUGAGACUAUCUUGAACGCUUUAUCAUGCUCUGUAGCUUACAUUGAUAUCAUUCACCAUCGAAAGCUUCUUUCUUCCGUUUUUGGAAUGUCACUGUGGGAUCUCAAACCUCAUGUUAUGGAUGCGUUGGUGGGCCUACUCAUAUCACUGGCUGCUACUAGUGGAAGGUAUCUGGACUCUUGUCUGAAUAUGCUCAUAGGCCACUUCGUUCCACCGCGUUGGGUGAUUGAUAGACUCUCGCAAUCCCGUGUAAUCAAACAAAAGGGAGACGUUCUUACUCGGGUUCAUGGAGCCCUUCUGAAUAUCUCUCUUUUGGUUCCUCUUACACCCUCGAGAUUAUUGCCCAUGCUCUCCCAGCAAAUGCCCAAAAUUAACAAAAAGGACAAUGUGGUACUGAUGUAUGUGGAGAAUUUAUUCAAGUUGGAGAGCAGCCCAAUAGGGCAAGUUGGUGGCAGCAUGAUUUUUAUGAUGGUGAUGGAGAGGUUGAGAGAUUUGGAUUUGGAUAUUGAUUGGGAUCAUAUUCUACAAGAUGACUCUAGUAGAGGCAUGUUUGAUAUGGAACUUGAAGAUGUUGUUGAAGACACUAUGAAUGAAGGAGAAGAGCUUCCAGUGGGAUCUGUAAAUCGGAAUACGUCAGGUGGAAAAAUAGUUUUUGAGUCGUUGGACAAAUUGAUGGUCAUAUCUUUUGAUCAUCUUGAAUCAUGUAAACUUGAUGGUCGUUUGGAUCAGGUGUUUGAAAAGCUCUUUGGGUCAUUUGAGAGUUUCAUUCUAAAUACAUACAAAUCAAAAGUGUCGCAGUUUCUGAUGUUCUAUGCAUGUUCACUGGAUCCUGAAAAUUGUGGUGUGAAAUUUGCGACUAAACUGAUGGACAUUUUUCUCUCCAGCAACAAGCCUCGGCCUACUAGGAUGAGUGCGGUUGCUUAUCUAGCUAGCUACUUGGCUCGUGGAAAGUUUUUGCCUAUUUCCUAUGUGGCUGCCAUGUUAAAAAGGUUGGUAGAUGAGUGUGCGGAUUACUGUAGAACUUGCAAUGAUCAUAUUAGACCUGAAGCACAUCAGAUUUUCUACUCCGGAUGCCAGGCGAUCAUGUAUGUGCUCUGCUUCCGGAUGAGAUCCAUCCUAGAUGUUCCUCUCUUUCGGUCCCAGCUUAUACCAUUGGAGUCAAUUUUAAUGCACAAACUAAACCCAUUGAUGGUAUGCCUUCCAUCAGUAGUUGCAGAGUUCCUUAAACAAGCUAAAGCAGGUGGCAUGUUCGUAGUCUCAGACGCCUUCAUUUUCGAUGACUUACUUGAGUCUGAGCUUUCCCGAGCUUUUGGCGGGCCUGAGAGGCUUGAUACAUUCUUCCCCUUCGACUCUUGCUUGCUCAAAAGCUCUAACAGGUUCUCACUAUCUUUGAUCACUUCCGCUAAUUGUUAUCUUAAAUGGUGGUUCGUGUGUUUUUACUCUGUUUUUGUUGUUGUCUUGGCUGAUCUUAAAGCUAUAUCUCCCCGAAUUUCAUCUACUGGUCUAUGGUGA